AUGCAAGGGCCUGUCACUGUUUGGGGUGGGAGAAAGAUCGGAUCUUUCGCACAUCUUCCGUCGUGAUGGAUUCGUCGCGGUGGAGGGUGGAUCUGAAUGCCAGUGGGAAAGGCGGUUUUCAGGUGGCAGAUCCUAGACAGCAUGCAGGUGUCGCAUAUGCUGCAUCCCCACCCCCAAGUAUGCUACCGUUCCACAGGGGAGCCGUCGAGGGAAUGCAAGGGCAGGCCAUGGGAGUUCCUUCGAGACCCGGGAUGUCGAUGCCGCGCAUGCAGUCCAUGAUUGCACAUCCGCGAUUGCCUUCGCGCCCUGCACCACAGACGAUGCCAGGCGGGGCAGGGUACGUCGCUAACGCUUCGUUCAGCACGCAGCUUGCUGGCGGGUAUGCACCGCCGGGUGUGCAAUCCAUGCCCGCCGGAACGGCGUUUGGCAUCUCCGGUCAGGUGUUCCCUGCAUCUCAGGCCAUGGAUGGUGGGUAUGGCUGCGUAGCGGAGCCGCCAUGGACGGCUCCGUGUGGGCAAAGCAGUCGGCGGACGUUGGGGCAAAGCACCCAACCGACAUUUGGGGGCAGUUCCAUCCCUUCCCCMUCGUCAUGCAGACGCACUUCGRGYGAUYAGUCGRCGUCCAUGAUAGACRUCGACAGCGAUGAMAACGGUGAAGUGYCGGCGGAUACAACCGGUUGGACGCCUGGAGGAGUUGGCGAUGGUGAGGGCACAUGGCAUGAUGACACGGGCGGGUCCAGUUACGGGGCAGAUGAAGGAGACGACGACGRCGACACUUCCACGCAGCCGGGGGAGAUGAACGAUGAAGAUGGUGGUCGWCGUGUGGAGGAGGGGGGGGUUCAAGGGCGUCCAGGCGAGGAUGUGAAUGUGGCGAAGGGUAAUCAGCAGAAGCGUCGUGGCGGGCGGCCUCCGACCGCCAACCCCAAACCGAAGGUGCCGUGGACGUUGGACGAGAGGAUCCAUCUCGCGAGGAUGAUGCAAGAGGACGAUGCCCUCAUGGCGGACGCCAACGGCCAACAUCGCAUGAUGGCGAUGAAGGAUCGGUACGCAUGGGUCGUCGCACGGAUGAAGGAUGUCGGGUACAUGCACAAGACAGCGGAGGAUUGCCGGAAGAAGUGGACGAACAUGAUGACAACGGUGAAGCUCAUCCUUGACAAGCAACAAAAGAAGUCGGGGGAGCCAUCGUAUUUUGACAUAACAAUUGAGGAGCGGAGAGAGAGGAAACUGCCGCUGUCUUUCGAGAAGGCGUUGUGGGACGCGAUGACGUGGAAACUUGAUCGACCAUCCAUCCAGUGCGACAAGACUAUGGCAUCGGAGUCACUCCCGGGGAAACGACAGGAGCCAUCACCGACGGUCGGAUCCGAUGCAACGGGGACGGAAGAGUCGGACAACUCAAACAAGGAACGCCGAACAGGGACCGGCAAGGCGAGGGUGCAUGAAGGCGGAUCAGGCGGAUCGUCCUUGGGCAAAGUAAUGGAAGACUCAACGAGAUCGUAUUUGCGCGUCAAUGAUGUCCAUGUGAUGGACAUCACGACUGGAUUGGGGUUUGACAACGAUGGCACUUUGAGCCACGUCCUCCUGUUCGUGACGAAGAGGCAUGAGGUGGUGCCAAACAGAUGGGAAGGUCCCCACCGUGAUGCGGUGGGGGACACCAUCAAGUACCUUGUGUCCGCCAUCGCCCAAGAGUUUGAGAACCGCAUGGACGACACGCCUUGGUACGACACCAUCUUCGACCCCCCUCUGGAGGGCAAGGGGUACUUGCACGGCCUGGUGGAUACAUGGGUGCCUCAGGAUGACCUUCGUGUCCGUAAAUGCGGUGUUGUUGGCGAUGAUAAUGAUGAUGACGAGUUAUAUGACGGCGGCGAUGAUGAUGAUGACGAGUUAUAUGACGGCGGCGAUGAUGAUGAUGACGAGUUAUAUGACGGCGGCCAUUAACAUAAUGAUGAUGACAUGUCUGCAGCGGUGUUCUUGGCGGUGAUUCUUUGUGGAUUGCAUUUUUUUUUGGGGGGGGGGAACGUGUCUUGUAAGUAGUGGGAUCCAUCGGGCGAGACCGUGGCGAAACGA